UGAUGUACGUCACUGGGUCAGGGGUCACAGAAAUGGCGCUGCUCUUAUAGGUUAUGUUAUGUCUUUCGGAUUUGGUUUGUAGGCUCAUAUACUUUGUGAUAAAAUUGAUUUUUGCGACGGUGGCCUUUGUUAAGACACUAUGUACAUUCGAUAUCGAUGGAAUCACAAUACAAUUGUGAAUCAUUGUAAAUAAUCAAACAUAGCAGGUAGUUAGUUAGCUACUUUGGCUAAUGCUGUAGCAUACGGUCUAUGACAGAGUCAGUGACGUCGAUGGUAACUUUUCUUCCGAUUGGUGAUAUGCUUUUGAGUAUGAACUAUCAGCCAAUCGCAGUGUAGGAGGCGGGAUCUUUGAUGGUACCGGUCAUGUCGGGGAGAAACGUUUGGAUCAGUAGCCGGGAGCGGAUGAGGAGAUUCCCUGAGCUGUUAGCCCGGUGCUCAGUAGAGGCAGCUGCUUAUGGUAAAUGUGUGGUUUCCACUACAACAGGCAAACAGGAGCUGAAGAAAGAUUUGUGCCUGAAAGAGUUUGAAGCUCUGAAGACCUGCUUCAUCAAUGCUGCAAAUCAGGGGAUGAAGUAGAGGAAGAAUUCAAACCUGGCCAUACUACUCGUUUGAUAACUACUUGCUGUUGAUCCAUUCAUUCAGUCAUCUUCAGUAAAUGCUUUAUCCUGGUCUUGGUGGAUUAUGAGCCUUUCCCAGGAGCACUGGGCAUGAGGCUGGAAUACACCCAGGGUGGAAAACUGAUAUACACACACAUUCAAAUGUAGGGGCAAUUUGGCAAAGCCAGUCCACCUAAGAGCAUAUUUUUGGACAGUGGAAGGAAACCAGAGGACCCAGAAGAAACCCAUAUGGACACAUGGAGAACAUAUAAAACUCCACCUGAGCUGAACAAUAACCUGAGCUUCGGAUCAAACUGCCUCCCUGCUGAUAAUGUGUUUUUCUAUUUGUGACUACCAUCAUCUGAGAUGUUUUAUUUAAAUAUUUAAAUAGUAUAUGAACAUACAUAUCAAAAUAUAAUGUUGAUAUUGUUUUGGUGCAUAAAAAUAAAUGAUCUAUAUGGCUCAGGUUUUGUGUGAUCAGU